AAGAUAUCAAAAGAUAGAACAAGUCCAAAACAUGGAAGUCCAAGAAGAUGGAGACCAUUUCAUAAGCUCGCAGUUGGGAGGUUUGGCUAGCACCCAAAUGGCUCUAAGAGCUGCAAUUGAGCUGAAAGUGUUCAGUAUAAUCGCAGAUGCAGGGCCUGAUGCUCAUAUUUCUGCAGCAGAGAUAAUUUCAAAGAUCCCAACGAAAGAUCCAAGUUCUGCAGCAUGGACUUUGGAGAGGGUGCUAAGAGUUCUUGGUGCAAACUCUAUCUUAUCAAUAUCUCGAAAGCCAUUAGGGAAUAAUGGAGAACAUGGACGCCAAGAAUGGACCUAUGGCCUAACAAAGAAAAGCCGAUGCUUAGUGAUCCGUAGCGGUACUACCGACGAGCUGGCAAAUUUCACAACUUCCUUUAUCUUAUUUGCUACUGAAAGGGAGAUGCUGGAAAGCCAAUAUAUGAUCAAGGAUGCGGUGCUUGAUCCUGGAAGCUCGCCAUUCUACAAGGCCUAUGGAGUGAACUUUUAUGACUACAUGGGAGAGAAGCCAAGAUUGAGACAACUGUUCGAUGAGUUUAUGGAAGUUAGCUCUAAAUUACAGUUUGAGGAUGUGUUUAAGUUGUACGGUGGCUUCAAAGAUUUGAAGGAAUUGAUGGAUGUGGGGGGCGGCAUUGGAACCAGUCUUGCAAAGAUAACCUCUACGUAUCCACACGUUCGUGGAUUGAACUUUGAUCUGCCGCAUGUAAUUGAUGCUGCUCCCAAGCUCCCAGACUUUGAUGCAGAUGAAGAUGAGGUUGAGCCUGAGGAGUCGACUCCGCCCGAAGAGUGA